AUGGAUUCAAGCGAACUAGAAGAUAUAGACCCUCUCAGUGGCUUUGGAAGCUAUGCAGCUGACUACAAGCCUAAAGACAAAGACACUCUGUUCUGAUUUCAAAGACACCAGGACUUUUACCUUAAAGGCCAAUUCAUUCUGAUAUCUUUUGAAAAUGACGUUGAGCAGUUAGCUCGAAUUCAGGGGCUUGAAGUCGAGAAAUUAGAAGACGAGGUAAAACCUGUAGGCAUCAGAGUUCAGAUGUGGAUCCAGUAUAGUGACCUUGACGAUAGCUUAUUGUCAUUACCCCAUUGGACAGAAGGAUACCUUCAUUAUCAAUGAUGUUCACUGAAUAAUGAAAUUACAGUUCCUUUCAACACUGUGUUUAGGAAAUGAAUAGUGCUUCCAAUAUGAGAAGAGGAGAUUUCUCUGUACGACCAAAAGUCAAUUUUCUUCAUUCGUCAGGGUUAUCACAGCAACAAGUAUGUGUGUGUUGACUUGCCUAAUUGCCGGCUGGAUGAGUACUACCAAGAGUAUCGUGAGGAGCUGAAGGAGAUUUCCAAGACUUCGUUCUGGAAUGUACUUUUCCCUUACCAGAUAGAGUCUACUGAUCAGAGUUAUGAUUAA